GGUGUGUACAUAUAUCCAACAGUAUAUGUGUGUGUGUGUGUGUGUGUGUUAGAUGCCUGCUGUACCUAUGCCUAUUUCUAGUCCUAUCUUCCACCGUGUUCCGGGAGACAGAACGUUCUGACAGCCUCAUUUUACGCUUUUCACGCGCCCUCACGCCAUCUCUUGAGUAGAGAAAUAAAUACUGGUCUGAAAUCGAUUAGUACUGGGUAGCCUUGUUAUGGCAGAUGAUGCGGGAAAUGCAGAAAGUGCAGGCUCAACCGUCACAGUGCACACCUUGGCCGAUGCCAUGGGCGUUCCUCAGCCUCAGGUUAUCGUGAUAGACAGAGUCUACGAGGAGGAGAAAGAAGAACAUCUCCCUAGCACAACAGAAGACCUCUGGGUCAGUUCAGCAGACGGCCGAUAUUGCUCUGCGCCUGUACCAAUACGAGUUGGUCCUUUGAACAACAUGCAAACCUUCUACGUUCACAAAGAUAUACUUGUUCAGGCAGAGUGGUUCCGAAAAGCCCUAUGCGGAAACUUCAGAGAAGCAAGUGAGCAAUUCAUUGACCUGCCAGAGGAGGAUCCGGCUAUUUUUCAUUUUCUUGUUGCAUUUCUAUACGAAGGUUACUAUGAACCCAUCAAGCCAGCAGCGAGCGUUUUAGAACCAGAAGUCGAUAAGGGAAAGGGUAUUGAAGUUGACCCAGAGCCAGCAGAGGCUUCUGAUUCGAGCUCGUCAAGUAGCAGUAGCAGUUCUGGGAGCUCGGGUACCUCAUGGAGACGCCGGCGUCGGGCUCGACAGACGAGACAUGCUGAGGCGGAAGAAACCCAGGAGAAGCAUCCGGGACAUCAUCGACCGGGUUGCUCGUGUCCUCGAUGCCUCGCGCGGCGUGACUUUUCGAGAUGCUGGCAAUGCGGGGCUCAACGAUCCCGCGAGGGCAAUACUCCCGUGCCAGUACCUUAUGGUCGAGGGGCUCCAAGAAGAGGGAUCCAUCCCCCAGGUGUUUUCCCUCCUCCUGUCAGCAUUCCGAUGCCUCCUCAACAGAGCCAACCGGAGCGUAUCACAGGAGAGGAUCUUCGGACGUGGUUCCUGGCGUAUGAGCUCAACCUCGACGUUUAUAUUUGCGCGACACGUUAUCUUAUGGACGACUUUCGAAAGGCAGUGAUGCGGUCGUGUGUCGAUAUGCUCGAGACAGCAGGCUGGGAUGCUGCACAACCAAAGGUGAUGCAUCUUUGCAGAAAGCUAUAUCGCAGCGUGCCAGAAGUUGAUGACUUGCUCAAGAUGGUCAUGGCACGCGUUGGGUUCCUUCAGCCGCUUCUCUGGAAGCGCGCGCCUGUAGAGACAAGUGAGUUCUUGGUUAGCAACCCAGAACUCGCUGCUAUCAUUCUACGAGAGACAGUCAUGAGGCAUUCGCAGCCGACGGCGGAUUUGCCAUCGAUGGAGCAUGUUCAUACUGCGGCUUAUGAAGACGAGUGGCAGAACUUGGGUCGUUCGCCUGCGCGAACACGAGCCUAUCACUAGUCAUUAGUUAUAAAACUCGGUGCGGUUUGCGGUCAUUGUUCUAUGCUGUUGCGUCUACACACUGGAGGCCGGUUCGGUACACUAUGAAUAUAGUCACUGGGGAUUCUAUUUUUUUUCUUACUUGAAUAAAGUAGGUACCAGCUCUCAUAUCUAUCUCUCCUUCGCGUAAAGUUAUUCUUCCUGGUGGCUUCAACUUCUGCAGCACCUCAUCCGAUUUCGCUCUCAAUGCCGAGUGAUACAUGACGUUCGUCUCAAAAGUCUUUGUACCCUUGACAAGCUUGGCUGUGUCUCUUGCAAAGUUAUAGUCGACGUACAUAUCCUCAACGAAAGAAGCGGCAUAUACAGGAACUUUAUUCUUAUGGAGCUUCUCCUGAUCGUAAAGAGCAGGCCAGGUAUCGCGACUGGCCAAUAACUCAGCCUCUUGGCGAAGUAUCUGGAGUUCUGGGUAAGUUUCGAAGUGAAAUGGGAAGAUCAUUUCUCCAGAGAAGUAGAGGCAUCCGCUGGUAGAAUCCGUUGAGUAGUUGUCAUUCAGCCAGGAGAAUGGCUUGAGUUCUUUUCCAAUGCGGUUGGCUGACCAGGCGGAGGCUAAACCAGGGCCGUCACAAUAUAUGGCUUCGUGAAGGAUGGCGUAUAUGAUGUUGGUAUCAAAUGGGUUCCAGCCUUCAAGUGGCACGAGGGAUGCUCUGUUGAAAAACCCGAAUUGAUCCAGAGAUGCUUUCAAAGUCAGGAUCGUAGAGUGAACCUGGUCGAAGCCACCAUGGCUUCCAAAGGAAAUGCCUAUGGUCAGGAGACGAGGAACGGUGAGGACACCGCCAGAUGGCAACGGAAUACUGCCACCUUUACUCUCUAUGAAUUUAGCUACUUGACGGACGUUUUCGACGUCCUCUGGGAAUUUUUCGUAGUACUGCUCGUUGCGCUGUAUGAC